GAGCGAGUCAUUCUCAUUGUUCUAGAGAGAUAUGGCACCGAGUACGAGAUCAGUUCAGAUUUAUAUUAAGUCAAACGGUAAUGCUUUUCACAAGUUGUGGAAAUCAAACCCCCAACAAGUUCCCAGCUUGACACCGACUAACAUCCACAAAUGUCAAAUCAAUGAAGGAGAUGCUGGAAAUGUGGGCUGUAUUCUAUUAUGGAACUAUUUUCAUGAUGGAAAAGAGUGUGUUAUAAAGACGAUAACCCAGGACAUCGAUGAGGGGAAAAACUCUGUCACCUUCAAGGGACUUGAAGGUGAUCUCAUGGAAUUCUAUAAGACCUUUGUUGCGCAUGUUCAAGUAGACAACCAUGGUCCAGACAGCAUUGUCACAUGGACUGUGGAGUAUGAGAAGUUGGACCCUAAUGCUCCUGAUCUAGAUACGCUAAUGGAGUUUUACAAGAAAGUCACCAAAGACAUAGAGACUCACCAUCUUCAGAAUUAAAUAAAUUAAAGCAAAAUAUGUAUCUCACCAAUAUGGGUGAAACUUAAUAAUUAAUUGUGGAUGUUGUGCUACCUGUUUGUAUUAUGUUUAUUGGAUAUAUGUUCGUUAUAUGUAAUAAAAUGUGUUGUUUUAAUUAAUCGAUCGCAG